AACACGUCACAUCCCCUUAGUAUAUAAAUGCGUGAGAAAUUAUUUCCUUUGCUCCAUUUUGUUAUAAAUUAGUCUGUGAGCGUGAGUGGUGUUGUGGUCAUUUCACAACCCACUUAAAAUUGUGAAAUAAUUAAUUUAAAAAUACAAAAAAAUAUAAGAAAAACCAUAAAAAAAUACAAAAAAAAUCGAAAAAUAGUGUAAAAAAGUAAAAAACGUAAUGAAUCCAGGCGCCCCAAAUUACCCCAUGGCGUCUUUGUACGUCGGGGAUUUGCACUCUGAUAUUACUGAAGCCAUGCUUUUCGAAAAAUUUUCAACUGCUGGCCCUGUUCUCUCGAUUCGCGUUUGCAGAGAUUUGAUAACUCGCAGAUCUUUGGGAUAUGCAUAUGUGAACUUCCAACAGCCCGCUGAUGCUGAGCGCGCUCUGGAUACUAUGAAUUUUGACUUGAUAAAAGGCAGACCAAUUCGCAUUAUGUGGUCCCAACGAGACCCUUCCUUGCGAAAAUCUGGCGUUGGAAAUGUUUUUAUCAAAAACCUGGACCGCUCUAUUGAUAACAAAGCAAUGUACGAUACUUUUUCGGCAUUCGGAAAUAUCCUCAGCUGUAAAGUGGCUCAAGAUGAAAAUGGUACAAGUAAAGGUUAUGGAUUUGUUCACUUUGAAACUGAAGAAGCGGCAAAUAAGUCUAUUGAAAAAGUAAAUGGUAUGUUGUUGAACGGUAAAAAAGUAUAUGUAGGCCGAUUCAUUCCCCGCAAAGAAAGAGAAAAGGAACUCGGGGAGAAAGCAAAAUUGUUCACUAACGUUUACGUUAAGAACUUUGGAGAAGAUUUGUCCGAAGAACAAUUGCGUUCUAUGUUUGAAAAAUAUGGUAAAAUAACAAGUUAUAAAAUAAUGAGUAAAGAUGAUGGCAAAUCAAAAGGAUUUGGUUUUGUUGCUUUUGAAAGUCCAGAAGCAGCCGAAACUGCAGUUGAAGCUCUAAAUGGUAAAGAAUUGUUAGAAGGUAAGCCUUUAUAUGUUGGAAGGGCUCAAAAGAAGGCUGAGCGACAACAAGAAUUGAAACGUCGUUUUGAAGCUUUGAAAAUGGAGAGACUCAAUCGUUACCAGGGUGUAAAUCUCUAUGUUAAAAACUUGGAUGACACUAUCGACGACGAACGUCUUCGCAAAGAAUUUUCACCAUUCGGAACCAUAACUUCAGCAAAAGUAAUGAUGGAAGAAGGUCGUAGUAAGGGUUUUGGUUUUGUAUGUUUCUCCUCUCCAGAAGAAGCUACGAAAGCAGUAACUGAAAUGAAUGGUAGAAUCGUCGGUACUAAGCCUUUGUAUGUUGCCUUAGCUCAGCGCAAAGAAGAUCGUAAAGCCCAUUUAACUUCUCAAUACAUGCAGCGCAUGGCAAAUAUGCGCAUGCACCAGAUGGGUCAAUUCAUUCAACCAGGAGCGUCCAGCGGUUACUUUGUUCCCACUAUUCCAACUACCCAGCGCUUCUAUGGACCGGCACAAAUGACUCAAAUUCGUGCGAGCCCCAGAUGGCCAGCUCAAACUCCAGUAAGACCAGGCGCCCAAGGUGGAGCUACAGCAUAUACCGGUAUGCCUAACACAUAUAGAGCUGCCGCUCGUCCACCGAAUCAAUCCACAGCAAUGCGCAGCAACAUAAGUGUACCUAGACCUAUCACUGGACAACAACCACCAAGUAUGCAAGGCCGUCCACUUGCUGGGCAAGGUGUUGUGGCAGCCGGUAACCGAACGGCAAACUUCAAAUAUACUUCUAAUAUGAGAAAUCCACCACAAGCUAUGGGUCUACAAGGAGCGGCGCCACCCGUACAACAAGCAGUACAUAUUCAAGGCCAAGAACCACUCACCACUACUAUGUUGGCUGCAGCUCCACCACAGGAACAAAAACAAAUGUUGGGAGAAAGAUUGUUCCCACUUAUUCAGCGGAUGUACCCUGAUUUGGCAGGUAAAAUAACUGGUAUGUUGCUGGAAAUUGACAAUACAGAACUGCUACACAUGUUGGAACAUCAAGAAUCGCUGAAGAACAAAGUGGAAGAAGCAGUCGCUGUACUACAAGCCCAUCAAGCCAAACAAGCUGCUACUCAAAUAAAAAAAGAUUGAAGUAUGUUGGUGGGUUUAUAAAUCUCGCCCAUAUUGAAUGUAUAUGCACAGGAAGAACUAAAUCGUACUAGGUAGAUCUGGUGCGUUACUUUUUAAAGAAUGAAUUACUUUUUAGAUUCUCCUGUACACAUGCUUUUCAAAUUAAAUAAUAAAAGAAAAUAA